GCGGGGGGGAGAGUAACGUCGGGCCGGGUCAGCGGGCGCUGCAGUAGUCGCCGCAGCGGCUAUGGGAGCGGUGGGGACGAGGCGGCGGCGGCGGCGGCAGGAGGAGGUGCAGGGGCUGGCACGAGUGCAGCGGCCCGGGGAGGCCCGCAGCAACACCCGCAGCCGCCGCCGCCGCCUUUAGACGCGGACGGCACCCGAGGGGACCGCCGGCCGUCUAAGCCGCGCUCGGGUCCCGCCGCAGUGGGCGGCGGGGGAUGGGCAGGCGGCGGCGGGCCAGCCUGCUGAGCAGUGACUCCCGCCGGUGCGGACCCUGAGCUGAACCCCAGUCCUCCGCCGGAGAUCCUGCGUCCGCCGCGGCCCAGAAUUGUAAAACCAGUAAGAUCAAGUGCCUAUUGAAAGAAACUCACUCUUGGCUAAGAAGAGAAGUAGGAACUAGAGUAAAUGGAAACCACCCUUGGGAGCUAGAUGCCGGUGUAGCUGUUUUACCACAUCAGUGUUUUGCAAUGAGUGGGGGAGGAGAGCAGCCAGACAUCCUCAGUGUUGGAAUCUUGGUCAAAGAAAGAUGGAAAGUGUUAAGAAAGAUUGGGGGUGGGGGCUUUGGAGAAAUUUACGAUGCCUUGGACAUGCUCACCAGGGAAAACGUGGCACUGAAGGUGGAGUCGGCUCAGCAGCCAAAGCAGGUUCUGAAGAUGGAGGUCGCUGUGUUGAAGAAACUCCAAGGGAAAGACCAUGUUUGUAGAUUUAUUGGCUGUGGGAGAAACGAUCGUUUCAACUAUGUGGUCAUGCAAUUGCAGGGUCGGAAUCUGGCAGAUCUUCGACGGAGCCAGUCCCGGGGCACAUUCACCAUUAGCACUACUCUUCGGCUCGGGAGACAGAUUCUGGAGUCUAUUGAAAGCAUCCAUUCUGUGGGAUUCCUUCACAGAGACAUAAAACCGUCAAACUUCGCAAUGGGACGCUUUCCCAGUACAUGCAGGAAAUGUUUCAUGCUUGAUUUUGGCUUGGCCCGACAAUUUACGAAUUCCUGUGGUGACGUCAGACCACCUCGUGCUGUGGCAGGCUUUCGAGGGACAGUUCGUUACGCAUCAAUCAAUGCUCAUCGGAACAGGGAAAUGGGAAGACACGAUGACCUUUGGUCCUUAUUCUACAUGUUGGUAGAGUUUGUGGUUGGUCAACUGCCUUGGAGAAAAAUAAAGGACAAGGAGCAAGUGGGUUCCAUUAAGGAGAGGUAUGACCAUAGGCUCAUGUUGAAACACCUCCCUCCUGAAUUCAGCACCUUUCUGGACCAUAUUUCCUCUUUGGAUUAUUUUACAAAACCAGACUACCAGCUUCUUACCUCCGUGUUUGACGAGAGCAUCAAGACCUUUGGCGUGAUUGAGAGUGACCCUUUUGACUGGGAGAAGAGUGGAACGGACGGCUCCCUAACCACCACCACCACCUCUGCCACCCCUCAGCUGCACACCCGCCUGACCCCUGCUGCGAUUGGAAUUGCAAAUGCCACUCCUAUCCCAGGAGACUUGCUCCGAGAAAAUACAGAUGAAGUGUUUCCAGAUGAGCAGCUUAGCGAUGGGGAGAAUGGUGUCCCUGUUGGUGUGUCCCCAGAUAGAUUGCCUGGGUCUCUGGGGCACACUCGCCCUCAGGAGAAGGACGUCUGGGAAGAGAUGGACAUCAACAAGAAUAAGAUAAAGCUUGGAAUUUGUAAGGCUGCUACUGAAGAAGAAAAUAGCCAUGGUCAAGUAAAUGGCAUUCUCAAUGCUCCAAGCCUGGGCUCACCAAUUCGUGUCAGAUCAGAGAUAACUCAGCCAGACAGGGAUGUUCCCUUAGUAAGGAAGUUACGUUCGAUUCAUAGCUUUGAGCUAGAAAAACGUCUGACACUAGAGCCAAAGCCAGAUACUGACAAGUUUCUUGAGACCUGCAUGGAGAAAAUGCAGAAAGAGUCCAGUGCAGGAAAGGAAUCUGUUCUCCCUGCUCUGCCUCAUAAGCCUUGUGUUCCUGUUGUGUCCCGCACUGACCACAUCUGGCACUAUGAUGAAGAAUACCUUCCUGAUGCCUCCAAGCCUGCCUCUGCCAACACUCCAGAGCAGGCAGAUGGUGGCGGCAGCAAUGGAUUUAUAGCGGUUAACUUAAGCUCUUGCAAGCAGGAGGUUGAUUCCAAAGAAUGGGUGAUUGUGGACAAAGAGCAAGACCUUCAGGAUUUUAGGACAAAUGAGGUGUUAGGCCAUAAAACAACUGGAAGCCCUUCAGAUGAGGAGCCUGAAGUGCUUCAGGUCCUUGAAGGGUCAGCUCAAGAUGAAAAGAUCCAAGUAGGUCCUUGGACCAACAACCAUCACUUAAAGGAAACCUCAGGUGUGGUCUUAGCACUUUCUGCGGAAUGCCCUGCCACUGCUGCUUCAGAACAGUACACAGACAGGCUGGACCUCCAGGCUGGAGCUGCCAGUCAGUUCAUCACAGUGACGCCCACAAGUCCAAUGGAGGCGCAAGCAGAAGGCCCCCUGACUGCGAUUACAAUUCCUAGACCUUCUGCGGCAUCAACACAGUCAACUUCAGGAAGCUUUCACUAUGGUCCACAACCAGAGAAGAAAGAUCUUCAGCCCUUGGAACCCACUGUGGAACUUUAUUCUCCCAGAGAGAACUUCUCCUGCUUGGUUGCAACAGAGGGCGAACUUCCUAGUGGAGGAAGCAGAAUGGAUUUGGGACUUCAGGUAGAUCACACUGGUCAUGACAUGUUACCCAAUAUGAGAGACGGGGAUACAUCUCAAGACUUGGGACCAAAAGACUUUCCUGACCAUAAUAGAUUAGUUAUGAAAGAAUUUGAAAAUCUUCCUGGAGAAACAGAGGAAAAAGGCAUUCUUCUGGGCUCAGAUAAUGAAGAUGAGAAGUUAAGUAAAGGGCAGCAUUGUGUUGAAAUCUCUUUCCCAGGAGAUUUAGUAACUACAGAAAGAGAUCAGUCAGCUACCACAGAACCUCUUGAUAUGUCAAAGACACAGAAUUUUAGUGUGGUGCCAAAUCAAGACAGAAACCAUGAGAUACUGACGCUUUUGACAACUGGAACUUCAGAAAUUUCUCAAGUCAUUGACCCACCUGCUGAAGGGCAGACUGGCCAGGUGGCGGUACCGCAAACAAAGCUCUUUAAGGAUGCAGACAUGAAGAGUGAAGACUUGCCAGGACAGCAGGGAGACCUCUCUACUUUUUUGCACCAAGAGGGAAAGAGAGAGAAAGUUGUCCCUAGAAAUGGAGAGCUAUAUCAUUGUGUCUCAGAGAAUGAGCAUGGUCCUCCCACCCGGAAGGACAUGCUUCGGUCAUCCUUUGUAACCAGGCACAGCCGGAUCCCUGUUUUAGCACAGGAAAUAGAUUCAACUUUUGAAUCAUCUUCUGCAGUCUCUGCAAAAGAAAAGCUUCUACAGAAGAAAGCCUAUCAGCCAGAACUAGUCAAACUUCUGGUAGAAAAAAGGCAGUUCAAGUCUUUCCUGGGGGACCUCUCAAGUGCCUCUGAUAAGCUGAUAGAGGAGAAAUUAGCUGCUGCUCCUGUUCCCUUUUCUGAGGAAGAAGUCUUCACUCCCUUUUCCAGACUGGCAGUAGAUUCCCACCUGAGUAGAUCAGCUGAAGAUGGCUUUCUGACACCCAUCAUCUCCCAGUCUAGAAAGAGCAAGAUUCCAAGGCCAGUUUCCUGGGUCAGCUCGGAUCAAGUUAAUAGCUCAGCUUCACCUCAGUUCUUGCCUCGGCCACCACCAGGAAAGCCACCAAUCAGGCCUGGAGUAGAAGCCAGGCUACGCAGGUAUAAAGUUCUAGGGAGUAGUAACUCUGACUCAGACCUUUUCUCUCGCCUGGCCCAAAUUCUUCAAAAUGGAUCUCAGAAACCCCGGAGUACUCCUCAAUCCAAGAGCCCAGGAUCGCCUCACAAUCCAAAAACACCACCCAAGAGUCCAGUUGUACCUCGCAGGAGUCCCAGUGCCUCUCCUCGAAGCUCAUCCUUGCCCCGAACAUCUAGUUCCUCACCGUCUAGGGCUGGACGGCCCCACCAUGAGCAGAGGAGUUCGUCCCCGCAUCUGGGGAGAAGCAAGUCACCCCCCAGCCACUCAGGAUCGUCGUCGUCCAGGAGGUCCUGCCAACAGGAGCAUUGCAAACCCAGCAAGAAUGGCCCCAAAGGAUCUGGCAGCCUCCACCACCACUCAGCCAGCUCCAAAACUCCCCCAGGGAAGAGUAAGCCAGCCAGUAAACUCAGCAGAUAGGAAGCAAUCGGGCUGCAUCUCUGGGAAAGGUGUGAGAUCUUCCUCCUAGACCUGAUGCAUGUGUGUCUCUGUACUGUCUGUUUCAAACAAUCAGUGUUGAUCUUCUCUUGAAAAAGAAAGUAACAUGAUCGGUUAUUUAUAAGAAGACAUAAGUAUAUACUACUAAGGAAUUACCUAGGGCAGGUAGGAAGCGGAUCAGGAAUCAAAUGCUUCAGUUCAUCAAAAUCCAAGGAGAAGAAACUCAUUUAAAUGAGCUCUUGCUUGUAGCUGCCUUCGAAACAGAAAGUUGAGGAUAGGAAAUAGAAUGGGAUUUUAAGUGAUUUUUGCCUAAUUUGUUAAUCCUCUACUCAAAGAGUAUAGCAAAAGUGUUUGAUAUUUUUAUUUACAACUUCUUAACCUUGGAGAGUCAUUGUGCAGACAUUCAAAUAUAUAAGAAGCCUGUUGCCAGGAAACUAGCACUUGGGUAUAUUUGGUUUGUGUGCUUAUUUAAUGAAUCCACACCUUUCUUUCCACUCAUUCUGAGUAUCGUUCCUAGGUUUGACAUUUUUUAAAAUUACUAUUUCUUACCUCUUAUUUUAACAAUGCACCUUAGUAAGGGUUUCAGUAGCACACACUAACACUUUAAAAUCCACUAGCCCUUAUUUAGUCAAACCUUGUUAGUUUCUUUUGAGCCACAGUUUUUAAACUCAUAUAUUUUUAAUCUCAAAAAGGAAAGAUAUGUCCAGCUAGAGCUGUUUGGAGCAGGUGUGUUUGGAGAGGGGCAGAGAGUGGGACAGUCUUUAAAGGUAGAAGCACGCCUCAUCUCGUCCCUGACUCCAUUUCGUCUGUGUAGGAGACUGAGCAGAGGAGACAGCUUCCUUUAUGUCCUCCCUGCACUCUAGUGUCAGCCUUCAAGAUGGUGCUGGGAAAGCACACAACUUUGGAAUGUGGCUUAUGCUUUCACAGAUUUAGAAAGAAAUUAAGUAUGCUAUCGAGGCUUAUAACCUUCAGAAUUUGUAUUUUAUACAUUUAGCCAUAUACAUUUAGCCAAUAAGGUAUGAAUAUCUGGGGGAAUAAAUUUAGGCUAAAUAGUUUUCUUUCAGUGUUUUUAUCAUUUGGUUCUUGUGUGGUUUAUGCUUCAGCUUCUUAGCCUGAUCUCCACAUAAUCUCAAUUUAUAAAGUUGUAAGGAUGAUCACAUUUGUUCUGUUCUCACUCUCUUUCUAGUAAAAAUCAGGCAAAUUAAAGAAUGCCAGACAUUUUAAAUGGA